AUGACAACAAUAAAAAUCCCAUUUACUAAAGAAAGUAUCCGACAAAUUCCUGCCAAGGACUUAAACGCAGGAACCAAAGGAGUAGAGUUAGAAGUCCAAACUAAUUUCUUAGUGUCGCAAAUUUGCUCCAUAGAUAAAGCCGUUGGUAAUCCAACUGACGGUUCUUUUGAAAAAAUUUCUUUUGUCUUUAAGGAUGAUGCUGAAAAAGCUUAUUAUGAUGCUCUUUUAGAUAGCAAAAGUCAAAAUUUUGAGUUGAGUUUUGAUAAAGACAAAGUUUUUUUAAUGGUCUUUGGCUUUGGAAACUUUAUUGACAAAACUAAACCCGAAGUCCAAGUUAGUCCCGGACAUAAAAGCAUGGUAGUAUUUUUUGAGUCUAAAUUUACUGGGAUAAUUACUCUGGAAACUGUUUGGAUAUCUGUUGAUAAAGAUCAUGAAUUUGAUCGAUGCACCGAAUGUGGUCAAGUUUUUAAAUUGAAACAAGCUCAUUUUGGUCCUCAUGGAUAUGAAUAA